CUUCGCGCAACCCAACGCAACGUGGGUUCGUCAGCGACAACGCGCGACAGCACAGCACAAGCAGCAUGUUGGGUGGUGGUGGUGUUGGGUUGAGGCGGGCUGUGGUCAUGUUGGUGGGAGGUGGCGGAGCAGUGGCCACCGCAAGCCUGGCAGUCAACCCUUCUUUCUCUAUUUCUUCCUCUUCUCCUUCUUCCCCUCCUGCUGCUUCUUCUUCUUCUUCUUCUUCUUCGUCUUCUUCUUCCUCGGUGCUGUCUUCGUGGUGGUCGUCUUUCCCAAACAAAGUCAGCUGCGAAGAGGCGGUCGCCAGCAACUGCAACACACCAGCGUCACCAGCGCAGGCAUCAUCGAGCGGGCUCGUGCUGUACCAGUACGCGCCAUGCCCGUUUUGCAACAAGGUGCGGGUGUUUAUGGACUACCAUCGCAUCCCGUAUGCAAAGGUGGAAGUGGAACCGCUGCGAAAGAAGCAGCUCAACUUCACAGACUACAAGAAGGUCCCCGUGCUGCUUGCUGACGGGACGCAGAUCAACGACUCCGCAGUCAUCCUGGCUCAGCUGACCGAGCGCGUGAAGGCCAGCGGGAGCCCACACUACCGUGAUACAACUGAGGAGGAGCAGCGCUGGAUCAAGUGGGUGGAUGACCGGCUCGUCCAUCUCCUCCCCUCCAACAUUUACCGCACCAUGUCGGAGAGCCUGCAGUCGUUUGACUACCUCCUCAACGCGUCCUUUCAGUUCACGCCAACCGAGCGCACCAUGGCCAGGUACUCUGGCGCAGUGAUCAUGUACCUGCUGUGCAAGCUCAAGCUCAACAAGAAGUACGGCAUCCAGGACCCACGCCAAGAAAUCUACCAAGACGUCGACUCCUUCAUCAACGCCCUUGGCGAACGUGAGUUUAUGAGUGGAACAUACAAACCAGGCAGCGCAGACCUCGCCGUGUAUGCAGCCAUCAACAGUCUGGAGGGCCUGGAGAGCUUUGAUGAUGUCAUGAAGAACACGCAGGCGGCAACGUGGUACCAGCGAACAAAGGCUGCCGUCGGCCUGUCCACGGGCCAUUAUGCAACAGAUGAAGAGGCAGCAGGGCUCCCACACAUGCAGCCCACGCCCUGAGCCGUGUGUGUGUGUGUGAGUGUGUGAGUGUGUGAGUGUGUGUGCGUGUGUAUGCGUGUGUGCGUGCGUGUUUGCAUGUGCGUGAGUGCAAACGUUGUUAUUUCAGGUGAUAGGUGUUGUGCGGCGUAGUUGUGACAAUACAACAGACCAGGCUGCAAACAGACAACAGAC